AUGGUCUAUCGAGAGCCUGAAACAAAGACCUACGAUAGAACCGGAGAUUCGGUGUCGCAAGCCACCAAGGACGCCGAAGAGGACAUUGUCAAUGACAAUAACACCGAAAAGACCACUGAUGUCAAUUCCACAACCGUGCAGAAGGCCGAAAAUGUCAACGCUAAGGGUGUGCGCAAUACCAACGACGACUCGGAUGACGGCACGAAUGAUUUCGAAAUCGGCUACAGGAAACCGAUGGUAAACCUGACAAGAACCUUGACUGAGGUACGAAGGCAACUUAUCAGGCAAGGUGAAGCGGCUCUGGGUUUGGAAAAGACGACUCUCAAAUUCGGCACUGAUAGCAAAGUGUCAUAUUGGAGCAAGAACAAAUCAAAAGAGGAUGGAAAUCAAGAAAACACGAAGCCCGAAUCCGAUGAAUCGCGUUUGAAGAUCACGAAGAAAGAAUAA